CUAGAGCAUAAAUCUAGAUCUAUGCUCCAACACUUGUUUUUGUUGUUUCUCAGCUUUCUGUAGAUCUAGAUCUACUUCUACUCUGUUAUAGAUGAUGAUAAGAUCUGGAUCAUAGGAAUCUUCCUGAGGGAUGUAUUGAUGAAUACCUGGAUUUUUUUUUGUGGUAAUGGUGGUUCUCCAGAUUUCUUGGAUUCAAAGAUUAGCAUGAUAAAAUGUGCAAUGAUAAAAUGCUUCAGCAGAUGAGAAAAGUCAAAGUUGUUAUCAUCAGAAAUAAUUUUCAAGAAAAUCUGAAAUCAGUGUGUGCUGUCACUACUUUCUCCUUUCAUUUUGUUAAAAAAGAAAACUUACAGAUUCAAAUUAUCAGCAAAAGAAAGAAAUCAACAAAAACAGAUCUGAACAUAAUGGCCAGCACUUCUGAAAAAUCAAGUGUCCUAGAUAGAGGCAUUAAACCACUAAAUUCUAAAAACUCCAAAAACUUUGAGUGUGACAACAACCCAAGAAUUUUUGGUAAAAUCUAUCCCAGCAAACUUUUAAGUGUAUUAAUACAUAGAACAGUCCUUAACUUAAAAGAAAACUUAAUUUUACCACAAGAGGAAAAUUCUGUUCAGAAAAGGCAAUGUGAUUCUAGUUUAGUUAAAAAAAAUGUGAUUCAUCAGAGUACACUAUCUCAAAAGCAACAUUUUCAUCUUAAGUUUUUAAUGAAAUAUCAACAUCCUCCGGAUAAAGAAGCUUUGAAGCUCUUGGGCGAGUUCCCUAACCCUGUGAAGCUUUUCAUUGAUGUUGUAAAGCCAUUGGUGGAAGGUGAUCCCACUCUGCAACCAUCUCUCAUUGUAACGAGCUGCUUGAAAAGUACAUAUUGGAAGGCUCAGUUGAUUUUCAAUUUUGAAAACAAAAUUACUGUGACAGGCAUUCAUCAUUCUAAAACUCAGGCUAUAAAGAGAGCAUUUUUACUCAUGUGUUCAUGGUUGAAGGAAAUAGGAUUGAUUUAUAAAACUGAUACAAACCAGUGGUGUCCAGUGUCCUGCAGCAAAGUCGUGCUCAUGCUGGAAACAUUAUCAGAAUAUGGAUCUGCGUGCUUAGGGAAGUCUAAAGGCCAUGGUUUCAAGAUAAUACUGGAACAAAUCAAAACAAAAGGAGAGAACACUGAAUCAUUUCAAAGUGCUGACAUUAACUUCAGUCAAGAGACAGACUGCAAUGUUGUUUCUGAAGAUUCUAAAUCUUUAAGAAAACCAUUUUGUGCUAGUUUUUCAGAUCAUUCAUCAGGAUUAAUUUUAAGUCGUGAUAUUUGCAACUUUCUGCAAUGUAUUGAUGAGGAUAGAAAUGAAAAAAGUGACUUUCUAAUUGAAGUAGUGAAGAGUUUACUUAAAGCAGAUAGGACAUAUUGGGCACAAGGCACUGAUUGUAAAUUGCAAAAUAGAGCAUUCUGGACUUGUUCAGUGCAUGUAGGCUGGCCUUUUCCAUUUACUGUUGUAGCUUCAGCCUUGUCUUUGCCUACUUCCCAGUUAAUGGGCUAUAUGUUGACUUGUAUGAAACUCAAGAAAAUGCGACUACUGACACCAGACAACCAUGGUGUAAAUAAGGAAGGCAUUGGAGGCUUAGUGAUCAGAGACACACAGAUGCAAUGGAUUUUGCAAACCUCCAACGUCCAGAACCAAGAUGUGAUGACAAAGUUCAAUGCUGAUAUUACCUUGUAUUGUGAUGCAUCUAGAAAUGGCUUUGGUGCGUACUUGAUCAGAGGCAGUGGCAAACAUGUGAACUGGUUAAGUGAAAAAUGGUUUCACUAUUCAACAGAGAAGAACUAUGAAAUGCCAGAGUGUUCCCUUGCAUUAUCUACAACACUAGGAGAACUGUACUGUGUGGUGGUAGCCAUUUGUUCAUGGAAAAGGAAGUUGAGAGGAAGAAGGAUAUUGUGUUAUUGUGACAAUAAGCUGCCUUUUGAUUUUUUACUCCCAUGAGACUGUUAAAGUUAUGAUAGAUAUGCCAACUAUUGACAUUUAGCUUCAACAAAUGCAACAUACUUUUAUUUCUUUAUUAUUAUUUUUUAUUUCAGACUGUUGUUUGUUUUGUUAAUACUCUAGCCACUAAUCUGACUGUGGUCCCUGAGUAUACAUCAUCAUCCUCAUCAUUUGAUCAACUUGUUCAAAUUUUACAACAGACAUGCAUCAAUCAUAACAUUAAAUUACAAAUGAGCUGGAUUAAUAGGGAAGACAACUGGCUAGCUGAUAAAUUGUCCCGUCAAGACUUUGAGUCAUUUCUUGCUCAUGUUCCACAGGCUGCUCCAAACAAGUCCAAAAGUAUUAAGAUCCAAAUCAAAGAUCAAAUUUUGUUGUGGGAAGCUAAAGAUCAAUACAAUUCAUGAGGUGUUUAUUACAAGAAUUAUUCAUACAAAAUUAAAAUUGUCAAAUUUUUCA